CAGAGAUUGAGAGGUCUUAUAUAUAUACACAGAGCAAUAAACCCUAAUGGAUAUUCUCAAAGCUCUCAGACAAAACAAUAAAUUCAGAAAGUUAAUUAAUGGCAGCAAGACAGCAACCUAGAGGAACAGGCUUAGGUGUUCAGUAUGAAGAUUUUGUCCCCAAAUCUGAUUGGAAAGAUCAACCUGAAGCCACUCUUCUCACCAUUGAUCUUCAAGGUUUUACAAAGGAGCAAAUAAAGGUAAUGUAUGUGCAUGCCUCUAAGAUGAUAAGAGUCACGGGAGAACGUCCCCUGACUGGUAGGAGAUGGAGCCGUUUCAACGAAGUGUUCACUGUUCCAGAGAAUUGUCUUGUGGAUAAGCUUCGUGGGAGUUUCAAUAACAACGUCCUCACAAUCACCAUGCCUAAGGAGAAGGUUGAGAAGCUAGAGGAGAAGAGGUUGUUGGAGGAAUCAAGAAGGAAAGAAAAGGAAGUAGAGGAUGAGAAGAAGAAGAAGCUUUUGGAAGAGAAAGAGGCGAUACUUAGGAAGCUACAAGAAGAAGCUAAAGCAAAAGAGAUGGCUGAGGCAAAGAGGCUUCAAGAAGAAGCUAAAGAGAAAGAGAAGGCCGAGGCAAGAAAGCUGCUUCUUGCAGCUGCAGUAAAAGAGAAGGCUGAAAGAAGGAAGCUGCAAGAAGCAGCUGUAGCAAAAAAGAAGGCAGAGGAAAGAAGGCUUCAAGAAGAAGCUAAAGCAAAAGAAAUGGCUGAGGUGAGGAGGCUUCAAGAAGAAGCAAAAGCAAAAGAAAUGGCUGAGGCAAGGAAGCUUCAAGAAGCAGCUAUAGCAAAAGAGAAGGCAGAAGCAAAGAGGCUUCAAGAAGAAGCUAUAGCGAAAGAGAAGGCUGAGGCAAGGAGGCUUCAAGAAGAAGCAAAAGCAAAAGAGAGGGCAGAAGAAAAGAGGCUGCAUGAAGAAGCUAAAGCAAAAGCAAAAGAGAUGGCCGAGGCAAGGAAGCUCCAAGAAGAAGCUAAAGCAAAAGAGAAACUGUUGGAAGAAGCUGCACUAGAAAAGAAGAUCCAAGAUAAGAAGUUAGUAAUGCCAGAAGAGGGGAAGCUUCCAGAAGUGGACUACACAAAAUCCGGUCCCGGUUCUAGGACCAAACAUGUGUCCGAAAGAACAAGCGAGGCCGUGAAAUCAGCAGAAGAAAAACUAAGUUACUUGGUAGUGAAAGGAAAGAAAACAGGGAAAGGUAUGAUGGAGAAAAUAAGGGGAAGAGAGAUAACAAGUGAAGAGAAGAAGAAGAUGAUGGUGAAUGUAGGAGUGUCUGCUCUUGUUAUCUUUGCCCUUGGAGCUUAUGUUUCUUAUAGCUUUUGCUCAUCUUCAUCUUCUACCAAACCAGAAUGAUCAUUGUCUUUAAAGAAGUUGUGUGAAUGAGAGCUAUUAUAUACUUUGUAAAUGUGAUAUAUAUAUAUAUUCUAAAAUCCA